AUAAGUUUGUGAUAUGGAGAGAAAAUUGAGCUGAGUUCUGGUAUUUAAACACGAAUGGGAAUAUCAGUAGGACAGUAGAGCUGAAUCGUCCUCAUAAACAUGACCUCCUCAUUUUUCCUGGUUUUAGUUAUCGCUACCUACUGCUCGCAUGUCUUUGCCAUUCACUUCGUUCCAUGUCCCGAUGCUGACAAACUCGAUUGUCCUUGCAUGGAACAAAUGAGACGCGCAAUGAGCGGUUGCAGGAAAAACCCAGGCUGCAAUGGCAGGAACUGUGGCCCCUUUCAGAUAUCGCCUGAAUUCUAUAUGGACGCUUCCUGUCCAACGGUUGACAGUAAAUGUCUCAGAUAUGAUUCUUGUGAUGGAAAAUCUCCAGAAUUCAAAACAAAUUUUGUUAAAUGUACUUACAAUCUGGAUUGCUCCAUUCAAUGUGUGAAUCUUCAGCAAUCGAAAUAUCCUGACCUUAUCAAGAAAUGUAAGGGUACAACCCUUUGUGAGAAGAAGCUUCAUGCCCUGAUCCAUGGACCAUUCAAUUGCCAAGAGCCAAUCGAUGAAAUUUUCUAUCAACGGUUCAAUGAUACAAGUCGAUGUCCUUGUGGCGUUUAUUCCAAUACAUUAGUUCAAAUACAAUGAUUGACAGGAGGCAAUGUAUAACUCUUUCUAAAUUCAAUUGAAUAAAAUACAAUCAAUCACAAAUUA